AUGUCACAACCAAAUGGCCAUCAUAUCCAGCCACAAGCGCUCACCUCUGAAAAUCUAUCCCAAAUCCAAGGGCAAGCACCAAGCGAUACUAGCCUGCAGAGAUAUCUUCAGGCCAGACCAAAAUCCCAGCCGUACUAUCUCCCAGACAGAGCUCCAGACCGCGAGUCCCACCAGCAGCAGUUAAAGGAACAGAUGGCCCAGAUCGAGGCCAAGUUCAAUGUUGCAUGA